AUGAAUCCCGGAUCACUGCCCGAUGGGCCCAGCCACGACGCAAAACAUCCCAAGAAGCUGAUCUUCGCUCCAGGAGACAUCCAGACUACGCCCGAGCCAAAAAUCACCCCCACCGAGACGCCCGAUCCCUCUGCUACAGCCACCGGAGUCACAACAGCACCAGCACCCAUCUCUCGUCUCGCCGCAGAAGCCCUUCGCUCGAACGCAUCGACCCCCGACUCGGUGACUGAAAAUGAGAUCGUUUCCCACCCUGCCCGCGCUCACCAGUUCGUGAGCAACCCACCCCUCACUAUCUCCCAGAUGCACCCGACCAACCCUCUCCACCAAUUCCACAACUGGUUCCGCGAUCCCCGUCUCCUUCCGUCGUCCGCACCUGAAACCUGCACCCUCGCUACAGCCAGCAUGCCCUCCGGUCGGGUGAGCGCCCGUGUCGUAUACCUCAAGGAACUGGAUGAGCGAGGCUGGGUAGUUUACAGUAACUGGGGCACCGGACUACAAGAGGGCAACAAAUGGGCGGCAUUGACAUUCUGCUGGUCGAAUCUGGAACGUCAGGUGCGCAUCGAGGGUCUCGUCGAGCCGCUCAGUCGCGAUGAGAGUGAAAUGUACUGGCGUACUCGGGAACGAGGGAGCCAGAUCGGAGCUUGGGCGAGCUGGCAGAGCAAGGUCCCCGGGGAUGUGGACGCGACGGACAUCGACGAUGGGCGGGCGCUGUUGGAGAAGCGGGUCAAGGAGAUGGAGGAACGGUUUGCGGGGGUCGAGCAGAUCCCUCUGCCUCCGUUUUGGGGAGGAGUGCGCUUGGUCCCUGAGUCGGUGGAGUUCUGGCAGGGUCGGCGCAGUCGGUUGCAUGACCGAUUCCGUUCAAUCACACCUUCCAACACACUACAUACCAAUACAUUCAACAUGUCCGAACCCCAAUCCCCAUCCCAAGAGCCCCAAUCACACCCCAACCCAGAACAACAACAACAACAACAACAACAACAACAAAAGCCACACCAAACCAAAUGGCUCCUCCUCGCCCUCUCCAGCGGCGCCUUCGCAGCCCUUAACGGCCUCUUCGCAAAGCUGUAA